AUGCGCAUCUUUCUUUUCAGCUUCCUAGUUCUUUCUCAAGAAAGACCGCUGAUGCUGUGUUUGACACGUGAGAGAAAAUGGCAUCUAACAGUCACGUAAAGAUAGGAAUAGUUGGUGGAUCUGGUCUUGAUGAUCCAGAUAUCCUGGAGGGAAGGACAGAACGGUAUGUAGUCACACCAUUUGGAAAGCCAUCUGAUGCUCUAAUUUUGGGCAAAAUAAAGAAUGUUGAAUGUGUGCUUCUUGCAAGGCAUGGGAGACAACACACCAUAAUGCCCACCAAUGUCAAUUACCAGGCCAAUAUUUGGGCCUUGAAGGAAGAGGGCUGUACUCACCUGUUAGUCACCACAGCAUGUGGUUCCCUCAGAGAGGACAUCCAGCCUGGAGACAUUGUUUUGAUUGACCAGUUUAUUGAUAGGACAACAAAACGUGUCCAGACCUUUUAUGAUGGGCAGCCCACCAACCUCCCAGGUGUGUGCCACAUCCCUAUGGCUGAACCUUUCUGCAACCGGACUAGAGAGGUGCUCAUGGAGGUUGCCCAGGGACUCGGUGUGAAGUGUCACACACGAGGGACAAUGGUGACCAUAGAGGGUCCUCGUUUCUCCUCUCGGGCAGAGAGCCUCAUGUUCAGACAAUGGGGUGCUGAUGUCAUCAACAUGACCACAGUACCGGAGGUGGUUCUUGCCAAGGAGGCUGGGCUGUGUUAUGCUAGUAUUGCAAUGGCAACUGAUUAUGACUGCUGGAAAGAGCACGAAGAGGCGGUGUGUGUGGACAAUGUUCUGAAAACCAUGAAAGAGAAUGCAAAUAAAGCUAGCAGCAUCCUGCUCACAGCAAUCCCACAGAUCUGUCAGAUGGACUGGGAGAGCACAAUAAAUGCACUAAAACUGAUGUCGCAGUCAUCAGUAAUGUUGCCCAAACAUUAAAGCAUCCGGCCAUUGAGGAGCCAUCCAAGAUGUGCUGUCCACAGCUGCAAUCAUGUAUCUGUAAACAAGCAUGACAUCCUACCAUUAUUGACCAAAAUAAAAUAAAAAAAAAAUGUUAGUCAUCCACCCAA